AUGUCGCAGCAAGCUCCGCUUCUGCCUCCCAUCGAGCACUUCGGCGCCCAGCGCACCAUGCAGUCGCAGCAGCAGAGCCAGCACCCGCCCCAGCAGCACCCCCCGCCGCCCUCCUACCCCCUCAACGGCGCGCCCAUGCAGUCGCAGCAGCAUCCCCCGCCGUAUCCUCCGCCGCAGUACCAGUACCAGAAUGGCGCGAUGCCGUCGAACGGGCAGCAGAAUGGCAUGCACAUGCGCUUCCCCAUCCCGCCGCAGCCCUCGCUGGGCGCGCAGCAGAUGCCGGGCGGGCGGCACAAGAAGGAGAUCAAGAGGCGGACGAAGACGGGCUGUCUCACGUGUCGAAAACGACGCAUAAAGUGUGACGAGGGCCAUCCGACCUGCCGCAACUGCCAGAAGAGCAAGCGCGAGUGCCUGGGCUACGACCCCAUCUUCAAGCAGCAGCCCGGCCCAGCCAACAUCCAGCCCGCCCCCGUAGGCAACCCUCCACCCCCAGCCAACCCAUCCGCCCCGCCCACCACCGUCCCCUCCAACCCCUACCAGACGCCGCAGUCCUUCCCGGGCACUGGCGGCACAUUCAUACCAGCUGCUGGCGCGCCGUACGGCAGCGCAGAGCCGCCCUUCGAGCACAGCACCUCACUGGAUCCUGCGCUUUCUGGCGCCGAUCCCCAUCUGCACAUGGCGCAAAACAAUCAUUCCUCGGUGCAGCCUCAGCGUAAAGUCAAAGCUGUUCAGAUGCAGGAACUGUUUUCGUUGAACGAUAUCCCGCCACAAUACAAUCAGAGAGAUACCCCUGUUCCCUUAUCACCGCAGGCAAAGGCUGAUGUAGAGCCAUUCUACAAGUUCCACUAUGCCCUCGGACUCGACCGUUUAUUCGAAACCACGUGGUACUCAUCACGAGGAUUAAGCCAUCUUGAAAGCGAUGCUUCUCUGCAGGAUUAUGUAUCACAGGCUGCGGAACAGUUCAAGACGUCCAACGACAAUGCGAGUGCCAAGCCGUUGCGGUCCCUCGAGGCACGUCUAGUAUGGCUGCUCGCAUGCAUGCCACGUUCGGCUGCCACCAACGCCAACGGUGCAGGAAGCGACCCCAUACUGCUAGAGCUCCUGCCUAGGAUAGACACUGUCGAGAACCUACUCACCGGCCAGUUUCUGGAAAACAGCCGGAUACCGCCACCGCCACAACAACCUCCAAGUCAACCUCAUCAAGACUCCGCGCCUGCCGCUCAAAAGUACAACGAGCAAUCUUUCUGGCACAACCUCGGCCGCUUCGUGUCUAUCCGAGACGAUCAUCCAGCGGCAGUCAAAGACAUCAACGACGCUCUUGCAGUGCUGCGCGGCAUACUUAGUAUGCUUGAGAAUAGGGAUGUGCUCUAUUCGAUUGCAAUUGCACGACACAUUGGCGGACGAAUGCCGGAGUUCCACCCACAACGGCAUCUAGUGGCAUCAACCAACGACCAGAACGAUGACAUCAACAAGCUCAAGGUCGCGCAUCAGUUCGUAGAGGGAGAGGACCAGCGAGGGACGACGCAAGUCAUUCAGCGGGUAUGCUCAAUGGCGAUCCGCAGCUGGAUCUUGCAGAAACAAUGA